AUGUCCUUGAGCAUUAAUUCUUACACGGACAACGCGCAGUUCCUCAUGGAUGCUGGUUUGGCGAUCCCGAAUUCCAAGAAUCUCAGCCUCCCUGAAGCAGCCAAUAUUGGAAUUGGUGUUGAGACCGCCGCUCUUAGAAUUCCCGGCGGCUGUAAGAUCCCACUUCCAGACCCUGAAAGCUUGCAUGUACUGAAAGAUGAAUGGGCGGUCGUUCUGGGAGGGGCGAGCAAUGUCGGGCGCUUUGGCAUCGAGCUUUCGAAACUCUGUGGUUACAAAGUGGUUGCUUCAUGCGGCGCAAAGUCCGUUGAGGUGGUGGUUUCCACUGAUGGAAUGUCAUUACAUGCCAUGAUUAUCGGUGUUUUGAAAGGUCAAAGCUACCGGUCCGUCAAUGCCACCUCACGAGAUUUCCAUGGUAUUACUUCGAGCACUUCUUUCGCCAAUCUUCUGCUAUCGUUGGCGAUUGCCGAGCCGCUCCCGAAACUAUCACCACAGCCAUUACCCUCACGCCACGAGAUAACACCCCUUUUGCGCCAUUAUUUCGACAACCUAUACACACAGCUGCCUUUCUUUGUCGAGACAAGUUUUUGGACGUCUGUAGAUGCCGUAUAUCAGUCUGGUGGUCGUUUCGCCAAGCCAUUUGAUCAUUGGAUCUUACGCCUUGUUUUAGCCACCUCUUCUGCGUCGACAUCAUAUCAGCCUGGCGAUGGAGAUCAUCAAAGGGCGUUAUCUUUGAUUUCUGGGGCGCUGAAAUACGCCGAAGAAGUUCUUCGCCCAGGAUCCGUGGUUGGCAUUCAAGGGAUACUGUUGCUUGCUCAGUAUUCCUUCCUCGACCCUAACCACUUCCGCAGUUGGUAUCUGGUAGGGACGGCCGUCCGAGCAAUGAUUGAUCUAGGCUUGCAUCAAGACCCUCCUUUGGAAGUAUUGUCUACUCCUGAUCGUUUAGAUGUUCGCCGGAUCGUCUAUCAUUGCGUCUACUGCUUGGAUAGGGGGGUAAGCACCGCGUUGGAGAGAACACUUUCCUUCUCUGAUGAAUCUGUCAAUGUCGCUUUACCCUCAGUUACCACAGCACCAGGCUUUGCUCUUGCAGAUUCGAGCAAUGUUUUCUUGCACAGUGCGCAACCUGCUUGGCAUAUGGUCAAAAUUCGGCAAAUAAUGUCCACUGCCUAUCAAAAUAAGUACUACUACGAGAACGAGGCAGCCCUCCCAAAUCCGACCUCCACCUGGAGCCUGUGCUACAAAGCCCAGGAAUGGCUCGACAAUGCUCCUCAGAACACUGCAGGGCCUUUUACUAUUUUAUAUACACUGGAGUCGCUCUACACGACUGUCAUCAUUCUAUCGCCCAUGCAUCGAUUUAUCGGGACAUCUGACUAUUCGAAGGUUCUGUUGUUCGAGCGUUGCAUGGAUUACAUCCGCAAACUUCACCAGAUUCUGGAAACGCCGAGCUUACUGCCAUUGAUGACAUAUCAUGACAUUCAGCGAGCAUACCAGGUCAGCAGCCGGUUUCUUGACCUCUUGGACAGACAUUCAGAACUCGUCUUGAAUCCCUCGGUGCCACCGCUUCCCAACAUCCCUUUUGAAACACCAGAGCCACCCAUCAUCAACAAUAAGGACCGCGUGAACUGUCACGCACGCGCGAUAGUGUGCCUGGAUUAUACUCAGGAUCUUCUCCAGUACUGCCUUAGAAAAUGGGGUAUCGCAACACUUCUUGAUACAUUCCAGGCAGUUUCAGCGUCUGCUCGAAAACGGCUUAUGCAGUCACCCGCGAUUUACAUACCAGGUGCAGGGCCUUAUGUGGCCGGACCACCCUUGCACCCAUCUGCGGGUGGUGGAUAUCCUGGCUAUGAUCUUGGCCAUUAUGGUCCAUGA